AUGCAGAAUGGGCCUUCGCCUUGUUCUGGCUCUGUGAUCCCUCACGGUGGUCUGCGGAGGAACAGCGACAACCUCUCUCCAUGCGAGAAAGGACCCAGCGAGUUCACUGUCAUUCGAGCAGCAACAGCCUACAUGGCCAUGUACGAUACGCCAAUGUGGGUUCGCCGCGGCGAUGGAGGAUGGCACUUGCUCCACCUGUUCCACGGUGUUGGGAUUGGAGUGGAAGAGGCGCUUGAGACAGACAGACUGUCAGCACUGGCGAACCCGGGGCAACACUCUGCACCGGACUGUCGGAGACCAGGGGCCGCUCCGGAUCAACAACGUCGAGCUGCUGCUGCUGAGCCGCAUCGAGCAUCCUGUACCCUGCAGGGGUGGCGACUGGCAGGCGAAACGGAUGACGACGCACGCGCCUCUGCACCGCGCGAGUCUGAGACGCAGCCCCCCGUGUCUCGCGUUUAA